AUUUUAGGCGUUUAUUGUGAUCUGUGCUUCAACAAGUUUACCGGUAACACGUUUUACUGCCAAGCAAGAUGCUGUGAUUAUCAAUGUUGUGUUGCCUAUGAUGACGACAAAAAUUGGAGCAGUGAUGAGGUAGCAGGAGCAGUCGUGGGAACACUGUUAGGAGGGACAAUAUUAGUUAUAGCUAUGAUAUAUAUAGUAAGGAAUUUCUGCAUAAGGAGAUCAAACUCUCAGUCAGGAUUUACGACCACCAGGAUUGCUAUCAUUAGUAACGGUCAAACAGAGCAAAUUCCAAUGCAAUCAACUGCGGGUAAGUUGUCAAGAUCCCCACCAUCCUAUGAGGAAUCACAAGCUACUGUUAUAGGAAGGACAGUUUACUCGAGAUUCCAGGACGAAGAGUAGUUCAUACACAUACGCACACAAACACGCACACACACAGAGAGAGAGAGAGAGAGAGAGAGAGAGAGAGAUCCCUGUGUGGGGAUUGGGGUUGUUUCUAUGUUAUCUAUUUUACAGUGUAAUGUUUGAAAAAAAGGACUACAUGCUUUUGAUACAUAUAUGUUCUUUAUAAA